UGCAGUGAUCGAACAGAGACACGCUGGUCUAGGGCCUAGAGGCCGUUCACAAACGGCAUCUCUAGAGACUUAAGAGAUGCUCUUCCCAUCCAACUCUAUCUCUGAUGUAACUGACCCUCCCUACCGCGAUCCUGGCUCCGCCCGUGCCCGUCCCGAAUUAACGUAAACAAACGUGCCGGACACUGGCUACUUAGCGCGUGCGGUCGGCAGCGCACUCCUAAUCCGGGCUCCGUGCGCGAAGGGUGGUAGUGUGCUGUGGACGAAGGACCGACCGCCAGCUCUGAGGGAUUUCGGUGCCUCUGCUGAACGAACGUUACCACGAUGGCGCGGAGACAGCCGCUGCAGCAGCCGCCAGGGGGCGGUCUCCAGACUCCGCCGGUGACCACUGAGAUCAUGAAGGAGGCUCGCCGCUACCAGACGGUGGACACGGUGACCAGCUGGCCACUCGUCUACAACACGUCCACCGAGCUGGGCGACUACUACACCUCACUCAAGAAGCGGAGCGACUCGGGUCGUUUGGUUCUCUCGUUCGCUGAGACGCUACUCGGUCUCUACUGCCGGCUAAUCGUGCUGCCCGUGGCACGGUCUCCGUUCGCGCGCACACCACUAAAGAUCGGCGAUCACUUCAGCAUCAAAGGUGUCCGUCUCCUGGAGCGGGCUGUACCGCGACUCAAAGACAAGGCUGAUCCCAUGUCGCUGGACGGUGAGCUGCUGGUGACGGCUCUAUUUCUGCCGCUGAGCCUGUGUCUAGCUUCGGCACGCGGUGUUCUUCAGUGGGCUGCUCAGCAGUACGUCAGUGUGUUCCCGCCUCUACGGGAGGCUGCCAGAGAUUUUGACACCAAGAGUCUGCUGGGCCAGUGGGUGACGCUGCUGCUGAUGACGUACAUCUAUCUACCGCUGCAGUUCGUCUCUCAUCCCUCGGAGACUCUUCAGCACGCCUUCGCCGUCCCCUCGCGGGUCACAUGGGCGGUGGUAAAUUGGAACAUCGGUAACAUUCUGGCCGUGCUGCACGAGGUCUCCGACUGGGUCCAGUGGACCAGCGACACGGCCGCCUACUGUUUCUACGCCUGGCUGGGCCUGGUCAUCGCUGCCACCGAGUACGCGUACUACAUCUGCUUCAAAGUGACCGGUCUGGAGAGCAGUCUGAUGUCGCUGGUCAAGAUGGUGCGCGACUACAUCGAGAGGGGUGACGGCGCCAUCGCCAGGCUCAUCAGCUCUCUGGCGCAGACGCCGGCCGGACAGUGGGUCAGUGACGUAUUCGCCCACUCGGAGCUGGGCCUGGUGCGGCUGCUGCGCGCCAUCUGGUACGGCGCCGAUGGACGUGAGGAAUUAAAGAGGAACCGCCGACCCGGCGGACGGAGCGUCCGGCUGGCUCUGCCCGAGGAGGGGCCGCGCCCGCUGCCCAUGCCAGACACGGAUGGCCACAGCUCGCGCCACAACGACCAUUGAGGGGGAAGGAAGACUCGUUCAGCGUCGUAGUAUUGGAGAGUCAUGCAUCGUGUCAGCCAGUGUGGAAGAUAGGAAACGUGUUUGCCCAUCGGUAUCGACUAUAGACUGUUCUGUGAAUCACCCGUGAGAGGAUUAAUGAAGGUCGGACGCUACCGAAUGAUCGGAAUCCUUAAACCACUCCGAAUAGUACUUUGUGGGGGAAUAGGACAAGUUGUUUUUACCUCUAGACACCUCAUCCCCGCUGUCUUCAUCGGCACCCCCAUAGACCGACAAGCGCUAGUUUACACAUUUAGUUCUCUGUCAACACACCCCACAAUCAAGGUUGUGCAAACCAUAAGAGCGAGUGAGUCGGUGACGUCAAGUACAUUUGUGUGAACGAACUCUGGCAGAUAGCGCUUGCUGUAUGAAUUGUUGCCUGCCCUUGGCAAUGUUGUAUGGAUCGGGCACAGCUAAGUUAGAGGCGUUGUGCAGCUCUUAAAAUGCGUUUUUUCUGAAUAGUACGACGAGCGUCAGUCGUCACUUAAACGCGAUGUCGCACAGCUAUGGUGAUACGAUACGAUCUGUCAUUAUGCAAUGCUAUUAUACCUGCUUGAAAAUUAUGCAUGCAAAAUGUUUUUGUGCUAGGAUAAGGUUACAUCUCAGAUUGACAACUAAUAAAUUCGUUUUAGGAUGUGCCAUAUAUUGACGAGCGGAUGGCCCGGGGGUCGGCUAUGCAUGCAAAUAGAGUUACACUUUUGUUUUAAUGCGGAAUGCGGAUGAAGUGGCCCAGCAAGGCUUCCACUGCGUAUCCCAAUCAGGGAAAGACAUAUCGUGACUCUCCAAUGGCGGAUUGGUUGAUAUAUCUACAUAGAUUUAUGCUUUUGCUGGUCGGUCAUGCCUAUCGCCCCUUAAUGAAAUUUAUUUAUGGAACUUUUAUGCAACUGUCAUUAUGUUGUUCUCGACAUACAAAAGAUGUAAUUGCAAGACUGCGAGUACCGAUAUUCUUGUUCGUUUCAAUAUACCUAUUCACAAGUUA